AUGAAUAACACAUUUUGCAUUGAAGAACAGCAUGACCUAGAUCAUUAUUUGUUUCCAAUUGUUUACAUCUUUGUAGUCAUAGUCAGCAUUCCAGCUAAUAUUGGAUCUCUCUGCGUGGCUUUUCUACAAGCAAAGAAGAAAAAUGAAUUGGGAAUUUACCUUUUCAGUUUAUCCCUAUCAGAUCUGCUGUAUGCAUUAACCCUUCCUCUCUGGAUUGACUAUACUUGGAAUAAAGAUAACUGGACAUUCUCCCAUGCCUUGUGCAAAGGGAAUGCUUUCUUAAUGUUCAUGAAUUUCUACAGCAGCACAGCAUUUCUCACCUGCAUUGCUGUUGAUCGGUAUUUGGCUGUCGUCUACCCAAUGAGGUUUGCUAUUCUAAGGACAAGAAAGUUUGCAUUCAUCGUCAGCCUAAUUCUCUGGAUAUUGGAAUCCAUCCUCAAUGGAGUCAUUUUGUGGGAAGAUGAAACUUCUAUCGAGUAUUGUGAUGCCAAAAAGUUUAAUUUUACUCUAUGUUAUGACAAAUACCCCUUGGAGAAGUGGCAAGUCAGGUUUAACUUGAUCCGCACAUGCACAGGCUAUGUCAUCCCUUUGAUUGUCAUCUUGAUAUGCAACCAGAAAGUCUACCGAGCAGUACAGCGGAAUCAAGCCACGUUAAACAGUGAGAAAAAGAAAAUCAUCAAACUCUUGGUUAGUAUCACAUUGACUUUUGUCUUGUGCUUCACUCCCUUUCACGUGAUGUUGCUGAUCCGCAGCAUUUUAGAGAAUGAUGUGAACAUUGCUCAGAAUACGUUUGACCACAAACGAGGAAAGCAAACUUAUAAAAUAUAUAGAGUCACCGUUGCAUUGACAAGUUUAAAUUGUGUUGCUGACCCAUUUCUGUACUGUUUUGUCACUGAAACUGGGAGAUCUGAUCUGUGGAGUGUAUUUAAGUUUUGUACUGAGAAGCUAAGUAAGUCAAAAAAACAAAGUGAAGGAACAUUUUCUGUGUCUACAAAAGAUACAAUGGAAUUACAUAUCCUAGAAUAG